AUGUAUACUAAAAGAUUUUCUAAGAACACGUAUUAUUUACCAUACAAGUCCAAAUGUUUAAGUAAUGUAAAUGGGAGUUUAUUAAAAGAACCAUAUAAUUUACAUUACUUUUUAUUAGGUACUAAUAACCCUAGUUGUGAAAAUGAAAUACAUUUGAUUGAAUACAAUGAUCAGUUUUUAUCUGUCAGAAAUAUUGAAACAUAUCACUAUGAGGGAGAAUCAGAACAUUUGGUAUGUUUAGAUAUGUAUGAAAAUGAAGACCAAAAAAAAAAAAUAAUUUUUUGUACAGCAGGGUAUGAAAAAUGUAAUGAACAAAAGAUGAAUAAUAAUGAUAUGAAUUAUAAUGAAUGUAAUGAAUAUGAUUACAGGAAUGAUGUGUGUUCAUUAUGGAUGGGGGACAUAGAUAAUUUAGAUGAUGAUAAUAAUAAUGAUAAUAAUAAUAAUAACAAUAAUGAUAAUAACAAUAUUGAUAAUAAUAAUAAUAAUCAUAAUAAUCAUUAUAAUAAUAUUGAUAAAAUGACUAAUUAUAAGAACCAAAAGAACUAUACAAAAAAAAAAAAAAAAAAAUUAACAAAAGUAUUGGAAUUGAAAAAAGGUAAUAAUGAAGAUUAUAAAUACAUUAACAAGAUAGUCGUAAAUGAUUUUAACAAGGAAUACAACAAAAUAUGCAUUAUAGAUAAAAAUAAUUAUAGUAUAUUUGAUAGGUCAAAAAAUGAUAUAAAUUUUAUGGUUUCAAAAAAUGUUAAUUAUGAAUUAAUAGAUGGAAUAUUUGAUCCACACCAUGAAAAUAUUUUAACGGUUAUGAGUAAUAUAAAAAUAUAUGGAUAUGAUAUAAGAAGUAACAUGAAUAUUUUUUCAACUUAUACUAAUCAUAAAGCAGAUUUAUCAUCAAUUGAUUUUAAUUCAAAUAUACCUAAUAUACUUUUAACAUCAUCUAAUGAUGGAUAUAUAAAAUUAUGGGAUUUAAGAUUUUUAAAAGAUUCUUUUUUUACAACUAAUAUACAUUCUCAUUGGAUUACAUCUAUACAUUUUAAUCAUUUUCAUGAUGAAUUAUUAUUAUCAACAAGUACUGAUCAUAUGUUGAAAUUACAUAAAAUAUCAUUACCAACAUCUAAUUUUCAAAAUGACAAUGUUAAUUAUGAAUUAAUAAAAACAUAUACUGAUCAUGAAGAUUCAGUAUAUAAAGGAUGUUGGAGCAAAACAGAUGCUUGGGUUUUUUCAUCUCUAUCAUAUGAUGGUAAAUGUGUUGUGCAUGGCGUGCCAAUUGAACAAAAAUAUAAAAUACUCUUAUAA